CGAAAGUCACGCGAGCGUUUUUGCUGCGACGAUCUAACCAAUGGGGUCCAAGUCCUUUUUCUUCUAUUUUUUUCUAGGUUUUAGGAAGAGAGAGAGGGUGAGAGAGAGAGAGAGAGAUGACGAAAUCGGGCGCUGAGAAAAAGAGGGUCCGACGAGCUGCAUCGGUUCCAAACAGCAACAAAGAUUUCAACGAAACCCCGCCUAAGAAGCAAUCUUCAGGAAAGGAUGUGUUUCAGCUUUUUGCUGAGAAGGUGAGAGAUCAUAAGGAACUAGAAUCCAGAUGGGCAGUUUUGCAAGAGACACGAGUUGAAUAUUUCAGGGGGAAGGAUUUUGUUGGCUUUUUGAGAAACCGUACAGAACUAAAGGAAGUACUUGGACCGGACAAAAGUCUUGAAGCAGAUGAUAUUGCAAAUACUCUGUUGAGGAAGAAUCUUCUGGUGCGAUGUGACCGCGUGGUAAAAACUGUUCGGCCAGGGAAGAAAAAGUUAUCCACGUGGCCAGCACAUUUGGAGAUCUUUCCAGAUCAAGAUUUUUCUGAAAAUGAUGCUUUUUUUGCCUGGACAUUUGUAAAGAGGCGGCCACUAUGGCAGACAGUUCUCUCCUUCCUUUGGCCUGUGGCAACACUAGCAAUAUGCUUGUUUCCUGUGUUCCCCCAUCGAUGCAAGCUGAUAGUGCUCUACUCCUGUGCUGGAAUUCUUUUGUUUAUUUUAAGCCUGCUUUUCUUGAGAAGUGUAAUCUUUGGUGCUCUAUGGAUCAUACUCGGGAAGCGUGUUUGGUUUUUCCCCAAUAUUCUAGCAGAGGAAGCAACAUUGUCAGAGUUAUUUAGGUUUUGGCCCAAUAAAGAUGAAGAAGAACGGCCCAAGUGGACGUCAAGGCUUACUUAUGCUAUUAUAGCUGUUUCGGUCAUAUUGCUGCUUCGUCACCAUGCACCAGAUGAGGCUGCUCGAGCCAGGUACCACAAGCGGGUUUCGAACAUUAUCGAUGAUGUUCUUGAAUGGUCCCCACGAUUGGCAUUGUCGGGGAUGAUGGAAAAACAGCAGACUGUGGUUAACGAGACGCACACGAACCAUUCUAUGGAUGGGACUGAAGCAGCAGCAGAGGACGUCAGUGCCUCAGACAACAGGAAUGAGGACAUAAGCUUGGAUAGACAUGAUAGUGAAGAUAACAAGAGUGAAGAUACCAUCAAUGAAGGGGACCAUGAUCAUAUAUGACAAAGGCAGAAAUACUUGAGACUGUUUACAGUCUUUCUUUCUCAUCUUUUUGAGUGUAGAAUUAUAAUUAAAGCUCAGUAUUAGAGUUCAAAUUAGUGUUUUUCUUUCCUUAAUAAAAUCAAUCAAUUCAA